UUCACCAAACUACUGGGUCAACUGUUCUGUCUCUAGGUCCAGUCUCCUUUGAAGCAUGAGUUCCUACCAGCAGAAGCAACAGCACACCCUGCCUCCCCAGCUUGAGCAGCAGCAGGUGAAACAGCCCCAGCUGCCCCCACCUCAAGAAACAUUUGUUCCCAUAACUAAGGAACCAUGCCAAACCAAGGAUCCUGGCCACACCAAGGUUCCUCAGCCUGGCCACACCAAGGUUCCAGAGCCAGUCCACCCUCAGGUCCCUCAGCAUGACAGGCCUAUGAUCCCUGAGCCACUUCCUCCAGUGGUCAUUCCAGACCUAUCCCAGCAGAAGACCAAGCAGAAGUAA